GCCGCCCGCCUUACGAGCUGCGCGCGCGUCUGGGCGGCCACCGCUCUACCGUUCAUUUUACUUUUUAUUUUUUAUUAAUAUUCCUCUUGUAUAAUCAAUUUCUUUAUACUAUUUAAUUAUUUUAAUUAAACAUUUCUGUGUCAUACGUAUACAAUAGUGAUUUAAACAUGAAACAGUGUUGAAAAUAGUUUAUUGAAUUCUAAACAUCGCUGCACAAAAUGUGAUCCGUGUGCCGGCUUACAGUGUCUAUACCUAUCGAGUGAUUUAUACAAACUGCGUUUUCGUGUGUACAUUUUAUUCCCAAUAUUAUAAACAGAUGCAUCAAUGAAAGAUACAUUCCAUAGGGCUCAGCCCAUCCCGCUGACAGACACGUGCGUUUAUUUUCAUGUAUAAAUAGCCGAAGCGAGACACUCUGAUACACGAUGACGUCACCGAAAGAAAGUAGUGACGUCAUCAAUUUUACAGAAGAAAAGGCGAAGAGUCAGAAAGAUUUAUCUGAGCUUCCGCCGCCUGGUGCGUCUUUACAUAGAAGGCGGAGAGGUGAACCUCCCGCUACACUCUCCGUGAAAUCACCGCAAACUCCAUCUGAUGCAGAGGGAAAUUCCCCUUGCACAGCUGGUCCGAGUCCUGAAGAAUGUUGGACGAAUGAUGAAACUGACGUGGAAGGGCUCUGCGAUCGAAUGCUACAAAGGCUAAAGGACAACAACGAUCCGCUUUCGAAACGCAGCAAAGACGUCGCGCAACGCACCAAGGACACGUGCGAAGCUUUGGACCAGCUGGAAAAGCUUCUUCAACUUUUAGACCACUUCGUUACAUUAAAGGAGAAGAAUAACCGUUUGAUAAAACGUUUACGUGACGUGAACAAUCUGAAGCAGCUUCACAACGCGUACAAGCAAAUAAAUAUAGAGAACGAGAAACUUAAAGAUGAAAGUAGGGAAGUGGAGCUUAUCAAUGAGGCUUUAGAGUCGGAAUUAGAGUGUGAUUAUGGUCAGGCUCUAUUUGAUUCGAUGUUGGCCGGGGGGCGGAGCAUGAAACGUUCGGGGUCGAAGUGGAAAGGUCACGGGAGGUUCGGGGGGUCGUUGUUAAGGAAACAAAGGUCCCGGUCAGCUGGAGGGGAGGACAGUGAUGUGCCUCUGGGAAUGCCGCUACGCAGGAGGUCAGAUGGUAUCUUCCCCAAGGAAGUUGAGAAAUCAAAAGUGUCGAACUGGACAAGGGUGAAAGCUGCAUUUAGAUGGGAAAAAGCCCAAUGGCCAGCAUCCACCAUCGGAGGCGUGGCUGCAGUGGCCGCUGGUGCCAUGGUCGGUGCAGUUGCGCUCUCAGGAUCCACUCCAUCAUCAGGCCUCGCCAACCCGGAGCCGAGGGACUCCGCCAGCCUCACCCCGGGAAGUGCUGUGUCGCUCACACCUAAUUCCUCUUGUGAAGAAUUGAGGCUGGACUCUGGUAUGGGCAGAAAGAACGUGAUUUUACGAAUGUAUGAUCACGACAAUACAUUCCUACAGGCGCCUACACAAGACGACAGUUCAACCUCCCCAUCACCGAACAAGAUGCACAAAAGCACAUGGGGCAAGGUGGUGAACAUAAUCCAGACGCGGCGAGAAUCAGUCAAGAAGAAGCGACCACCCAAGUCCCCGGACGGCCCGGGUCGCCGGCGGUCCUUCAGCGACGGGGGGGAUAGCGACGCGCCACCCGCGCUCACGCUGACUAUACCGUCUUCGGAGGAACUUGAAUCCGAGGGCUCCCACCCAAUCUUACGCAAGCAGCGAUCCCUGGAACUCGGAGCCCGACCUCCACAGCACAGACCACCUCGCGACUCAAAGUGGACGAGGGUCAAGCGAGCUUUCCUCACUUCAGCUUCUGCCUCUGUACCUUCGAGUCCGAGCCGACAUUCUGCGUUCUUUACGGAUGCAGAAACAGAAGGGCUUAGCAGUGGUUGCGAAGCUACUGGAGUUCGGGAAGAAAUUGCGAGAAAUUACGCGGCGCUCCAGUCUCGUCUCACUAGAGAGUUCUCUGAUAGGCACCCGGGGAAGGGUGUGGACACACGAGGAGCUCGUCCAGUGGCAACAGAGGAUCAGCUUUCAGCCGAUUUCCACAAGAAGCUGACAGAAUGGCAACGCAUGAAAGGUGCGAGGCAACCCCCUCCUAUCCCGGCGAGACAGGACCUCAGCGAGGACUUUCUGAAGAGAUGGGAUGCUUGGACUCGGAUGAAAGAAACGAAUUCGGUUCCUGCUUGGGAAGAAGAGGCGAAACCAGAUGAAGUUUUGGUGCAAACGUCGACUGGGCUCUUUAAAUUUCAAGGUAUAUCCCGGUCGUUCACGCGCAAGUUGCACGAGUGGGAGAAGUCCCGCGGCAUCGCACCCGAAGCCUCCACCUCAGCGCUGCUCCAAGCUGCGCGUGCGCGUGGUCCCGCGCCCGCGCUCACCCGCGCGCAGAGCGACGGCAGUGUGGGCCCGGCGCUCGCGGGCAACGGACGUGUGCACGCGAGCAGCUUGAGCGUUAACGAUGCGGAUGAUCUGGAGUCCGAUUAUGAGAGGGAUCAUUUGCUGAGCAGCGGGAACAGUCGCGGAGCCGUGAUAGUAGAAGUGGAAGCGGAGGAGGUGUGCACGGCAGCGCCGCUGGUGGCGGUGUCGCCCCGCGCGGCGCCGCACACGCCGGUGUACACGUACGGGCCGGCCGAGCGCCCGCUCACCGCCAGCGCCGCACGCGCCGCCGCGCUGCCGCAGGCUGCCGUGAUUUCAGAUCCAGGGCCAAUAAUAUUGAGGGAUCAAAGUGUAAUGAAAAAAAAUACUCGCGAACAGAUCAAAAUAACCGAAAAAACAUCAAGGCGAAGAAUUUCUAGACAGACGAGUAUCGAAGAAGACGCCAAAUUUAUCAGACAGACAAUAGAAGAAAUAGAGAGAGGGUCUCGUUGUAAAGAAAGUGUUAGUUCAGAAACCGAAAAACAGGAGAAUUAUGAAAGAGAAGCGACAAUAAGUAAAAGUAUAAGUGUGAAGAAUCUCAAACAAUUUGAGGCGAAAGAGAUAAAAAUAAUUAAAGAUUGCAGCGAUGAUACUAGAGAAGAUAAACGUAAAGAAUUAGAUAAAAACAACGGAAAAAAGAAAACAAAAUCUAGAGCCCGCUUAGAAAGGGAACAAUCGAAACCUUCUGAAAGUGAUACCGAGCCAGAAGUAGACACAGUGACCGUUGAAAUACCGCGACGUAAGAAAAGACCGCGUAGACCUUCAGAAAGACCGAGAACUCCACCGACGUCACUUCAUUCUGACUCAGAAGGUGAAGUUUUUGUUCUGAAAAUUAAAACCCAAGAAGUUCGUGAAAACUCACCAGAAGUAAUAGUUAAGACAACACGCAAAAUAUUCUCUCCCGUUGUGCGCAGCGGCGAGACCAUACCUAGAGCAGUUAUACCCGUAGACGUAGAAGAUUUACCAGAAGUAAGAAAUGAAAAGCCUGCAAAAAAGCCAGACCAUGAAUCGAAGAUAUCCUUACAAUCGAAAGGAUCUGCCAAAGGUUCAGGUGACCUGCAAGAUGAUGAGAGACCAAAGACAAGACCACCUCUCCCGACAUCACCGUCUUCUCAGAGGAAACCUCCUUCGAAAGAGACUGCACCGUCGAUAAGGAUCAUGAUUCAGAAAUAUAAUAAGAAAAUUAAUGAAGAAGGUCCAGCUUCGGGAGGUAGCAGUGGAAAUACCUCUCCAGCCUGGAGAUCACCGAAAUCUGAACGGAGAAGGCCACCAGAUAUGCCUGUAGGCGUUAACAUAAGAAACAACCCAUUCCUCGAGCGAGAAGUGCAAAAAUCUGCUAGCGCAUGUCAACUAUCGAGACGAGAUCAGACCUCUGUAGACAAAUGUCUGACACCAGCACCACAAACUGUAGAAGGGGUCCUUAAAUCCCACAGCGCUAACACCUUACAUCCUGAAGUAGAAGCAAUAGAUCCUAUAACUAGUGAAAACAGCCAAGAAAACAUACCACAGACCUUACCAAUAGAGGAGAAAAUUGUGCCGAAACCUGAAGAAAUAGUUCGAACAGAAUCAGACUCAAUGAUUCCAGAAUUUUCCAGAAUAAUCGAGAAUCCUGUGUACUUUGCUCGAUCGAUUUCAGAAUUUGAAGAGAGCUCGGUUACUACAAGACUGUCGGAAAGAGCGGCAAAGAUAAGGGAAGCUAGAGAGAGGUUUCUUUCCUCACCGCCGCCUAUGAGAAGGGAAGGGACUAGUUCUGCUAGUGAUUUGAGACCGGGUGAUAGAUCAAGCCGCGUAAGCUGCGAGAGUGACGUGACGGAGGCGGGCGAAGCGAGCGAAGCGGCGCUCGGCCGCAGCGCCUCCACCGGCAUGGUCAACAUCGACCGCGACUCGUGGCAGAGACUCGCGCAAACAUGCUCCCGCUCGCGGCCCCGCUCGCGCUUCAGCCUGGCACGGCUGGCGGCCAAACUGCGCCGCAAGGAGGACGGCGCGGUGGCGCGGCUGUGUCGACAGAGCUUACUCGUUCACUUGCGGAAACAAUAAAUAUUUAUCACUUC